GCUUAAUUUGUUUUGAAUGAAAUUCAAAAUACGCACCGCCACAAAAAUACGUUUGAAUAUAACAAUAAUAUUGUCGAGAAGGCCUUAAAGUGCAAUAAUCACACAYACAUACAKAUAUAAACAAAACGAUUACGUGGGAGUUAAACGAUAACUUCGUAUCAUACCGUAUCGAAGUCGAAUAUAUUUGCGUACGUACCGAAAGUGAUAAUCAAAAAGUAAUUUCAAGCAACAACACCGCCAGCGUACUAAAUAAAAUUUGUAUUAAACACAGCUCUGGAAAUCAAAACAAGGCAGAAGCUACAUUAAACACAGCACUGCAGCAAGUCUGGACGUCAACAGCUGGCAAGUCCAUUUUUCAACCACAAAUUCAUAAAGAAGUUAUUAAGUUUUACUGGUCCUUAAAAUGGCGACAAACAGUUUAACAUCAUAUAUAGUUUCCAAAUACGAAGGUUUAUGCAAUUAUAUGGAGCAGGACACAAUUGGCACGCAAGCUGCUAUAUAUGGUACAUCAGGUCUAAUGCUACUGAUUGCAUAUAUUAAACGCAAACCGGCAUAUUUGGUGCGUCCUUUCAAAAAACCUUCGCACAUCCCAGAUAAGUUGAUAAAUGAACGUAUUAUGCAUACUGGACUAAUACGUGAUGUAAAAAUGAAAGAUCAGGAUACCAUAUUGCUUAUCAGCCACAGACCGCUCAUACCGAUAUUCGCCAGCAAAGAUAGAGUAUUGCCCGUUAAGUUGCCCGGCAUUAAAGUAAAUGGUAAUGGCAUAUCUUGGUUGCAAUCAUGCAUAGUUGGUCGUCGUGCUACCUUCUUACCACUGGCAAAAAGUAAAAGUGAUGAUUUUGUUGUGAGUCAACUGUGUUUAGUGCAUCCGCCCAAAGGUGGACGUCUAAUCGACAUAUCCGAAACUUUAUUGAAAUUAUGUUUUGCACGCUUUGCGCCCGAUGAGGCUGCCGCUGUGAAGCGUAAUGCCAAAUAUUAUGAUCAUCUAAAGAAAGUGGAAGCGAGCGCAUUGACAAAACAAUCCUGGGUGUAUUGGUUAGCUAAACAUCCAUCACUGUGGAGUAUGCUGCUUGAUGCAAAGGCUAAAAUAUUUUCGCGAAAGUCUUUACUGCCGGAACUAGUACGCUAAGGAGCCGUAAAUAUUAGCCAACGUUUGCUGUGUGGUAAACUGCGUUUGGAUCUUACUUGAUUUCAAGCUCUGUGAGGAAUAUAUAUAUAUCUUUUAUGAUAUUUUCAUUGCGUGCUUCUGCUUAGAAAACAAUACGUGUUUAGUACUUCGAUAUUUUAAGUGCCUACUUUUAUGAAURCUUGCAUUUGUUUUGCAAUUUUUGUUUAAUGAAUUUUAAUUUUUGACAUUGUAUAUACAAAGCUCCAAUCACAAUCUGGCGCCACUUAAAUGUCAAUAAAUACUGUUUGUAAAACGGUAGAAAUUAUUAUUGAAA